AUGGAUGAAUCCUACUGGAAUCACCAAGCUGAUCAAGAUGUUGUUCGGUUUCUUUGCAGCUGCUCUAUUCACUUUCCAUCUGUCAUCACAGGUGGUUUGGACACAACCAACAACUAUCUCUGCUCUAACAACCAUUUUGGCUCCAACAACCACCUCUGCUUCAACAACCACCUCUGCUUCAACAACCACCUCUGCUCCAACAACUACCUCUGCUUCAACAACUGCCUCUGCUCUAACAACCACUUUGGCUCCAACAACUACCUCUGCUUCAACAACUGCCUCUACUCUAACAACCACUUUGGCUCCAACAACCACCUCUACUACAACAACCACCUCUGCUCCAACAACCACCUUGGCUCCAACAACUACCUCUACUACAACAACCACCUCUGCUCCAACAACCACUUUGGCUCCAACAACUACCUCUACUACAACAACCACCUCUGCUCCAACAACCACCUUGGCUCCAACAACUACCUCUACUACAACAACCACCUCUGCUCCAACAACCACUUUGGCUCCAACAACUACCUCUACUACAACAACCACCUCUGCUCCAACAACCACCUCUACUACAACAACCACCUCUGCUCCAACAACCACCUUGGCUCCAACAACUACCUCUACUACAACAACCACCUCUGCUCCAACAACCACUUUGGCUCCAACAACUACCUCUACUACAACAACCACCUCUGCUCCAACAACCACCUUGGCUCCAACAACUACCUCUACUACAACAACCACCUCUGCUCCAACAACCACCUCUGCUCCAACAACUACCUCUACUACAACAACCACCUUGGCUACAACAACUACCUCUAUUACAACAACCACCUUGGCUACAACAACCACCUCUGCUACAACAACCACCUCGGCUCCAACAACCAUCUCUGCUACAACAACUACCUCGGCUCCAACAACCCCCACUUCAACCAAUGCCACAGCUUUGAAGGGCACUGCAUCUUCAGCCUCAACCUUCAAAUUUCUACCAGUGCUGCUUCCUCUGGCUUUAACAGCUUCCCAAUUUUAUGCCUGAUAACACAAUCUGACAGUUUCGAAAGUUGUCAUCUGCUCAUCUAA